AUGGAGGCCGUUGACGGAGCCAACCUGGAGGAGUACCUCAAAGCCGGCAACGCCAUCGCCGACAAGGAGCGCUUCAUGGCCGCGCUCGAGUCGGUAGUACGCCACCUUCAUGACGUCGUCGGCAUGGCGCACAACGACAUCAAUCCGGAGAACAUCAUGGGCCGCCGCGCCGACGGCAUGCGCGUCCUCAUCGAUUUCGGCACAGCCCGCCCGCUGGCCGAGAAACUCGACGGCCCCUCGGCACCAUUGGCUGGAUGGAAAACGACGACGUCGCGUCGUAUCUGCCACAUCGACGCCGCCGCCAAUUACAACACCCGGCUGCUUCCAACCUGGACGGAUUGA